AUGAUUAUAGAUCAUGAAUUAGAAAUUAACUUAGCAAAGGCUUUUUUAGAUGCUCAUUGUAAAAAAAAUUCUAAAAGGUUCAAUUUAAUUUGCAAUUAAUUUUACUGUGCUAUCAAAUAGCUAGAUAAUAAUUAAUAAAAAUAGUAAAAGUUGAAUAUUUUUACUGAUUAUCAUGGAAAAAAAAAAGAACAACUUUUGUAGUCUUCAAUCCAAGUGAAUUGUCCUCCAAAGUACUAGCAAAUUAUUUUAAUUAUAAAAACUAUCCCAACUUUCUCAGGUAUCAAAAAAUGAAAUAUGUAUAAUUUAAAAAAGACCAGGAAUUAGUUUUUGUAAAGCAAAUUUCGUCAUUAAUGAUUUAGGAGAACUCUAAAGUGUGAGAUUAAUGAUAAUCUUUGUAAAAGUAUGCUGUAGUAUAUAAAAAAGAACAAAUUGCGGAGAGCCAGAUUUAAUAAUAGAAAAAAAGAGAGCAGUUAAGAACUUGAUAAUUUUCAGAGAAAGCAUGAGAGCAGGAUAUAAAUUGUAAAAGACCUCAAAGAAACCUAAAUCAAAUUAUAGGAAAAUUUAAAUUUCUAAUAUGAGCAAUCUGUGA